GAAGGCUAUCAAGGACUUAACAGCGCCCAAGACUUAUCCUCUACAGCACCGCGACCUCGCGUAACCCAACGUAACCUCCUCACCACCGUCACCAACGAUGACCGACUUCCUUGCACGCGAAAGCGAGCUCCUCGGUGAAGAGUUCACCGGCACGCCCACCGGGGGCACCUAUGCGACCGCGGGCGGCGACAUUGACUUCGACCGCGCCGCCUCUGCCUUCCCCGACAUAUCUCUCGAUGGCAUCGGUGACAUCCCCGCGCCAGCACUCCCUGCCGCACCCGCGACUUCCUCUGGUUUCUCGUUCGAAGACUUCGCGAGUCCACCGAGGGAACGGCAGACGGAGGUGAAGGUCACGGGCGACGACGAGAUUGAGAAGUUCGAGGACCAGUUCCCGGAUAUCGAGGUGCCGUCGUCCGAGCCUGUCUUCGGGGCAGCACCCACGUUUGCACCACGGCCCCAACCAUCCGCGUUCACGUCAACACCCAUACUGAACCACGCGGCCGAGGAAGAGGAGCCCGAGGUCAUCAAGCAAUGGCGGGAGCGGCAAGCAGAGGAGAUCAAGGAGCGUGACGAGGCCUCCAAACGGAAGCGCGAGGAGACCGUCUCCAAGGCCGAGAGGGCCAUCGACCAGUUCUACGAGGAGUACUCUGCGAAGAAGGAGCGCAACAUCCGGGAGAACAAGGAUCUUGAGGAAGAGUUCGUCGCCAAGAUGACCGAUUCGCUCUCGAAUGGCACGACGUGGCAGCGGAUCUGCGACCUAAUUGAACUCCAGAACUCGCAAAGCAAGACCGUCGCGCGCGCAGGCCCGGGCACGACCGACCUCACGCGCUUCAAGGAGGUCCUCCUCCGGCUUAAAAGGGAGGGCGACGCGGCCCCGGGUGCAGCUGGCUAUUGAGAGGACGAGUAUAUAUGGGUACGGAUUAUUUAAUGACAGGACGUUCGUAAAGUACCCUGUUCUCGUCAAUAUCGCUUGGCUUCCAAGUCAAAGUGGCUGAA